UCUGGUCCCGGGUCACAGGAUGGUGGCAGGUCGGUCCCGGGCGCCGAGCCCUGGGAGCUGGCUGUUCCCUGGCCUGUGGCUGUUGACUGUGGGCGGUCCGGGGUCGUUGCUGCAAGCCCAGGAACAGCCCUCUUGCAAAAAAGCCUUCGAUUUGUACUUCGUCCUGGACAAGUCUGGGAGUGUAGCAAAUAACUGGAUUGAAAUUUACAAUUUUGUCCACCAACUGACAGAGAGAUUUGUGAGUCCUGAAAUGAGAUUGUCCUUCAUUGUGUUUUCUUCCCAAGCAACCGUCAUUUUGCCAUUAACUGGAGACAGAUACAAGAUCAGCAAAGGACUGGAGGAUUUAAAAGCUGUUCAGCCCGUGGGAGAGACAUACAUCCAUGAGGGGCUAAAGCUUGCGAACGAACAAAUUCAAAAUGCAGGAGGCUUGAAAACCUCCAGUAUCAUAAUCGCUCUGACUGACGGGAAACUGGAUGGCCUGGUACCAUCGUAUGCAGAGAAAGAGGCAAAGAAGUCCAGGUCACUUGGCGCUAGUGUUUACUGUGUUGGGGUCCUUGAUUUUGAGCAAGCUCAGCUGGAAAGAAUUGCUGACUCCAAGGACCAAGUUUUCCCCGUCAAAGGCGGUUUUCAAGCUCUUAAAGGGAUCAUCAACUCUAUAUUAGCUCAAUCAUGUACCGAAAUCCUGGAAUUGAGUCCUUCAAGUGUCUGUGUAGGGGAGACAUUUCAAGUUGUUCUGAGUGGAAGAGCAGUCAUGUCGAUCAGGGAUGACGGCAGUGUCCUCUGUACAUUCACUGCGAACAACACAUACACAAAGAAUGAAAAACCAGUGAGUGUUCAGCCCGGUUCCAUCCUCUGUCCUGCCCCUGUCCUGAACAAAGCUGGAGAAACUCUUGAAGUUUCAAUCGCCUUUAAUGACGGGAAGUCUGCUGUCUCAAGAUCCUUAACAAUCACAGCCACAGAAUGUUCCAACGGGAUUGCAGCCAUCAUAGCUAUUUUGGUGUUGUUGCUGCUCCUGGGUGCUGCCUUGAUGUGGUGGUUUUGGCCCCUGUGCUGCAAAGUGGUUAUUAAGGAUCCUCCCCCACCACCUUCUCCACCAAAGGAGGAGGAGGAGGAAGAGCCUUUGCCCAACAAGAAAUGGCCAACUGUGGAUGCUUCCUACUAUGGCGGUCGAGGGGUCGGAGGAAUUAAAAGGAUGGAGGUCCGCUGGGGAGAUAAGGGAUCUACGGAGGAAGGCGCAAGGCUAGAGAAAGCAAAAAACGCGGUGGUGAUGAUCCCUGAAGAAGAGAUACCUGUCCCAUCGAGACCACCUCGACCCAAACCCACACACCAGGCACCUCAGACAAAGUGGUACACGCCAAUUAAGGGUCGUCUGGAUGCACUCUGGGCAUUGAUCAUGAAGCAGUAUGAUCGGGUGUCCUUGAUGAGACCCCAGGAAGGCGACGAGGAACAGUUUAUUGCCUAUUCUGCCUCUGGAGAGCUCUGUCUGAUAAACAAACCGGAGAGCUCAGCACUGCAGCGGGUCCCGCAGGUGGGGCGGCGAGCCCUUCACGUUGCCUUUGGAGCCGAAACUGUGCUGGGGCGCAGUGGCCGCAGGGCUCCCGGGCUGAGCUCUGCGCGGCCCGGGGGUCCUUGA